UCGUCAAGCCCCCAUCCUCCAAACCCUGGUUCGGGGGUCGCUGCCUAAGUUAAGCUCUCUGAACCCGCUCGUCCCUCUGGCUGUGAGUUCGCCCCUCUCGCCUCUCGCGGCGUCUCCAUAUGACGCGCCGAGUCCUGUGGCUCCGCGCGGGUCCGGGAGUCGCGUCCGUUUCCGGUUAAAAUCGCUCCGAGGCAGGUGCCGCCCGACCUUUCUUUCUUCGUUCCACGGAGACACCGACCGGCUGCCGCGUCGUUUUCCUGCUCAAAUCCUUUGUCUGACGCCCGACUCCCCGCCCAACCGCGUGAUAAAGGCCUCGCUCAGGAGAAUAAUCUAAGCUGAGAAUCCCAGAGGAAGAGGAAGGAAAGAAGGAAUGGCUCUUUCCAAGGGACAGUUGACGUUCAGGGACGUGGCCAUCGAAUUCUCUCAGGAGGAGUGGGAAAGCCUGGACCCCGCUCAGAGGGCCUUGUACAGGGACGUGAUGCUGGAGAACUACAGGAACCUGCUCUCCCUGGGUGAGGAGAGCUGCCCUCCAGAAAUUGGAAGGCUUUCUGCUGGAUUUUCAAUAAAGGAAUUAUCACCAAGAGAGGACAUUGAGAAAAGAGAAUUAUACCAUUUAAUGAUAUCAGAAAGCAAUGACAGGCAUGACAUCAACAAUUUUGACCUCAAGGAAGUCUGGGAAAAUAUUCAUGAGCAUCAGAAUGAAUGGGGAUAUGAUGGGAGAAAUUACAAAGGAGUGCCUUUGACUCAUAACAAAAAUUUCAUUUGUAGAAUAGAUUGGGAACAUAAUAAAUCCUCAGUUAACUUUCUACAAAAGCAGAGUGUUUCUAUAAAAAAUGAUGCAUACCAGUAUUUCAUGCAUGAUGAGCCAUUUACAAAGAAUUUGUUAAAACUGAAAAAUAACAUAAGCGAUGCUGGAAACAAGUAUAGAAAGUGUUUGGAAAACAGAACUGGAUUAAGUGGGCAGACACAAGUGGCUGAACUGCAGAGAUUUCAAACUGAAGAGAAAAUUUAUAAAUGCUGUCAAGUCAAGAAGUCUGUCAACAAUGGUUCCUCAGUUUCACCAUUUCAAAGCGUUCCUCCUAGUGUCAAAAACAUUUGUAAUACAUAUAGAAAGUUUUUUAAAUAUCCUUUGUUACCUGCACAGUACAGGACAAAACACAUUAGAAGAGAAUCUUGCAAAUAUAAUCAAAGUGGGAAGACUUUUAGCAAACACUUAAACCUCAUGAAUCAUGAGACAGUUCAUUCUGGACAGAGACCAUUCAAGGGUAAUGAGUGUGGCAAAGCUUUUAAUCAGUGCUUGAAACUUAAGAGACAUCAGAGACUCCAUACAGGAGAAAAACCAUAUAAAUGUGAUGUAGGUGGUAAAAUCUGUCGUCAAAAUUUGAACCUUGCAAUUCAUCAGAGAAUGGAUACUGGCGAGAAACCUUACAAAUGUAAUCAAUGUGGCAGAGCCUUUGCUGAACGUUCAAGCCUUGCUCAACAUAAGAGAAUCCAUACUGGAGACAAACCUUAUGAAUGUAAUCAGUGUGACAAAUCUUUUACCAGAUUUCUAAGCCUUAGAAGACAUCAGAAAAUCCAUACUGGAGAGAAACCUUACAAAUGCAAUGAGUGUGGCAAAACCUUUAUAGCAGGUUCAUAUCUUACUCGUCAUAAGAAAAUCCAUACUGGAGAGAAACCUUACAAAUGUAAUGAAUGUAGUAAGGUCUUUAGUCAAAAGUCAGACCUUGCAAUUCAUCAGAGAAUUCAUACUGGUGAAAAACCUUACAAAUGUGAUGAAUGUGGUAAAGCCUUUGCUGGGCAUUCAAGCCUUACUUGGCAUAAGAGAAUCCAUACUGGAGGGAAACCAUACAAAUGUAAUGAGUGUAGCAAAGCAUUUACGGAGAGUUCAUAUCUUACUCGACAUCAGAAAAUCCAUACUGGAGAGAAACCUUACAAAUGUAAUGUGUGUGGCAAGUCCUUUAGAGAGCGUUUAUAUCUUACUCGACAUAAGAAAAUUCAUACUGGAGAGAAACCUUACAAAUGUAAUGAAUGUGCAAAGGUCUUUAGUCAUAAGUCAAACCUUACAGUUCAUCAGAGAAUUCAUACUGGUGAGAAACCUUACAAAUGUAAUGAAUGUGGCAAGGUGUUCAGUCAUAAGUCAAAUCUUGCAAUUCAUCAGAGAAUUCAUACUUGUGAGGAACCUUGCAAAAACAAAUGUGUAAAAUCUGUGACCCAGUUUGCAAACCUUAGAGAACAUCAAGAAAUCCAUCCUAGAGAGAGGCCUUAUGAAUGUAAUCAGUGUGACAGAUCUUUUACCUGCCCUGCAAACCUUAGAAGACAUCAGAAAAUCCACACUGGGGAGAAACCUUACAAAUGUAAUGUGUGUGGCAAAGCCUUUUGUGAGGGUUCUUAUCUUACUCGACAUCAGAAAAUCCAUACUGGAGAGAAACCUUACAAAUGUAAUGAGUGUGGCAGAGCUUUUGCCCAAUUUUCAAGCCUUACUAGGCAUCAGAAAACAUAUACUGGAAAGAAACAUUAUAAACUUAAUAUAAGAGGCAGUGUUUUUAUUCAAAGCUCAAGCUUUGGGGAUCAUCAGAAAAUUCAUGGCAGAAAAAAACCUUACAAAUAUAAUGACUGAGACAAAACUUAUGCAAGUGUUCAAACCUUACUCAACAUCAGAGACUCAGUCAUGGAGGGAAACCAUAUAAUAGUAAUGUAUGUGGCAAAGCUGGUAACCAGGUCUCAUAUCUCACUUGAUAUCAGAAUAUACAUCUCUGAGAGAAACCACACAAAUGUAAUGUAUGGCAAGGCUUAUACAAAGUUUAAGGCUUGUGGAACAUAACAGAAUUCUUACUAGAGAACACUUAGAAAUGUAAUGAGUGUGAUCAGCUUUAUCAAAAAUGUACAAUGUUGUGGUCAUGCAAGAAUUUGUAAAAGAUGGAAACCAUACAAAUAUUUAAAGGCCCUUUAAGCAGUGACCACAUGAUAGACCAAGGAAUUCAUACACCAAGGACAGAAAUAUUACAAAUAUAAGGAAGCUGAUAAAUUGUUUAACCAUUUCAGUGGACUGCACAUAAGAAUAUUCAUACUAGAGGGAACUAAGUCUGUUAGUUUUGAAGAUUAACCAAUCUCAGAUGUUAAAUUCCACAGAGAAUUAAAAUGUUAAAAUUAUUUGUGACUCAUGAGAUGAUUGUCCAUGGGACAGGCACAUCUAUGGAAAGGUCUAACUUUAGUUUUAAAAAUGUUUUUAUUGUUUGAGGUUUCUUGAAGAGACUACAUUAUUAUUGAUGAGUUACAACCUCAUUUCAAACCUGUUGAUGUUAUACUUUCAUUAUAUCCUUUUCAUUUGUCACCAGGAUGGUCUCAGGGAAGGGAUUGGCAGUAUGAAAGGAUAUACUUCAUUAGGUUGAGUUUCUUCAUAUCCAUGGAACCUGGGAAAACUUUGACACUAGUGUUAAGUUGUAAUAUGGUAUAAAUCUGAGACCAUGGGGAGUGGCAGAGAACAGAUGUAAAGCUGUUAUCUAAAUUAUCAUGCUAGCUGUGGCCUCAGCCCCUUCUCUAGGUUUGUUGGUGUGACUGUGGGCCUUCUUUGAUGAGUAUAGGAAGGCUUGCUCUGCUAGAUGAUCACAAAACCGAGUAGGCCAAGGCAUUGAGAAGAUGACAUUUUCAUGUGAAGAGAAUGAUGGGUUACUAGGGAUGGCAUAUGUGGUUUAAAAAAAAAAAUGGAGGGGAAAUGAUAGUCUCCCUCUCUUUUGAAAUGUAAUAGGUGUAGAUUAAUGAAAAUUGUCUUAUUUUUGGUAACUGAACAGACAAUAGCACAGUUUAAUCAUAAGAACCAGGGAAGAGUGUGCUUGUAAAGGAUUCAAGUUUGGCACUGGAAUUGCAUUUUCAUGUCCCUUUGUUUAUUAUGUAUUAUACUUUCAUAUCUAAAUAAGUAAAGUGUAAUUUUUUUUGUAA